AGUUUGAAACUGGAUGUUUUUGAUUUUAAGGAUUAACAAAGUCAUAUAUAAAAUAUUUGAUGUUUCCAAAUACAUUUAAGCAUUUAUUUUAGAUAAGUAGAGCAACAGGCAGGUUGGUGAAACAUGAUUUGAGUUGGUAUCUUCCACUCCCUGCAGAUAAAAGUAUUUAGAAGUAGUUACUUCCUCCACUGAGAGCACCUCAGACUGCCGACUGCUAACAAAUCUCCAAAAAGAAAAGGACAAAAUGUCACUUGACAAAAAGUGGAGGAGAACCCUGAACUCCAUCCUGGAGCAGCUAACUGACUCAGAUUUGAGAAAGACGCUGUUCCAUCUGGACAAAAUCCCUCAAGGAGAUAAGACUGGCAAGACCAGAGAAGAAAUCAUUGUUUUAAUUGAAAAGCAUUACGGGACAGAAAAGUCCAUCUCUGAAAUAGAUAGAAUAAUGAAGAUAAUACCAAGAAAUGACGCUGCAGUCCAGAAGCAGCUGCGCCCCUUUGUGGAGGAACUGAAGGAACAACGGCAGGAAGAAAAAGGGAAGAUGAGCAAACUUGCAGCUGACUCAGGAUCAGUUGCCAAUAAGUGGGAAACAGCCCUGAGCUCCAUCCUGGAGGAGCUGACUGAGGAACAAUUCAGGAAGAUGCUGCUCUAUCUGGACGAAAUCCCUCAAGGAGUGAAGACUGGCAAGACCAGAGAAGAAAUCCCUGAUUUAAUCAUCCAGCACUACGGGCCAGAAGGGUCCAUCUCUGAAAUAGAUGAAAUAAUGAAAGCGAUACCAAGGAAUGACCCUAAAGUCCAGAACCUGCUGCGCCCCUUUGUGGAGAAAGUGAAGGAACAGCGCCAGGAAGAAAAAGGUCCAAGUGGGGCAACUCAACAGAGGAAUGUCCCAGCAGAGGACAGCGUCCAAACAGAGGACAGCGACCCAGCAGAUGAGAAGCUGUUAAAUGUUCGGGCAGAGUUUAUAGAAAGAGUGUCUGAUCCUGUUCUAAACCAGCUUCUGGAUAAACUCCUUGAGCGUGGUUUUAUAAAUGAUGAGGAAAUGCAGUCAGUCACAACCAAAAAAAGCAAAGCAGACAAAGCACGACACCUGAUCGACAUGGUGCGAAAAAAGGGACCUAAAGCCAGCUCACUUCUGAUCAAUACUCUCUGUAAAGUGGAUAAACCUGUUUCGGAAGUGCUGAAAUUAAUCUGAAGCUAAAGCAAGAAACUCUGGA